AUGGAGUCAGCAGCUCUGGACCACAACAUCAGACCCGGGGCUCUUCAGGCGGAGUCCGACGCAGGGCUGCGGCGCGGCAGGGAGCCUAGGUCCCCGCCCUCGGCGCCGCACCCAGCAGCCGGGCUCCUCCUCGGCCCUGCCCACCACGGGCCCGCCUGGAACUGGCGCAUGCGCAUGGAGCCUGCCACCGCCGCUUCAAGCAGCAGGCGGGGCAGCGGUCCGGCGCGGCCGGGUCCAGAAGAGGAACAGCGGACCGAGGGGGAGCCCUUGGCCCCAACGGCAGGUGCGUGUGUGUCGUCCCAGACCAAGGCUGUGGCCCCUGCAGCCAGCCCGGAGAGAAGCUGCUCCCUCCACAGCUGCCCCCUUGAGGACCCUUCCAGCUCUUUGGGACCCCCACCAGCAACUGGCACCCUCCAGCCUGUGGGGCUGUCCAGCCCCUUGGCCCCUGCCCACUUCACCUAUCCCCAAGCACCACAGGAAUACCGGGGGGGCAGUUCCCUGCCAGGACUUGGGGACCGGGCCGCUCUGUGCUCCCACGGCUCCAGCCUCAGCCCUUCCCCAGCCCCCUCACAGCGCGAUGGGGCCUGGAAGCCACGGCCUGCGCAGCACCAUGUGGUCAGCGUCAGGCAGGAACAGGCCUUCCGGAUGCCAAAGAGCUAUUCCCAGCUGAUUGCUGAGUGGCCGGUGGCUGUGCUGCUGCUGUGUCUGGCUGUCAUCCUCCUCUGCACCCUGGCUGGACUGCUGGGGAGCCAGCUGCCCGACUUCUCCAAGCCCUUGCUGGGCUUUGAACCUCGGGACACAGACAUUGGGCACAAGCUAAUGGUCUGGAGAGCACUGCAGGCCCUCACAGGCCCCAAGAAGCUGCUUUCCCUUUCCUCAGACUCUGAGCUGAACAGCUCCCACACGACUCUGAGCCCUGCACCCUGGGGCAGUGCCCAGGAAGGAAUGGUCCGGCCUCAGAGGAUGGUUGAGUCCCGGGAGGACAGAGGGCAGGAGAGCUUCUUCUGUGGGCCCCCUGAGAAGAGCUACGCACAGCUGGUGUUCAUGUCCACCUCGGCGGGCAGCCUGUGGAACCUGCAUGCCAUCCAUUCCAUGUGCCACAUGGAGCAGGACCGGAUCCGCUCCCAUAUCCACUUUGGGGCCUUGUGCCAGCGUACAGCAGCCAACGAGUGCUGCCCCAGCUGGUCCCUGGGCAACUAUGUGGCCGUGCUCUCCAAUCGUUCCUCCUGCCUGGACACUACUCAGGCUGAUGCUGCCCGCACCCUGGCCCUGCUGCGGGCCUGUGCCCUCUACUACCACCAUGGCAUCCUGGUGCCCUCCUGCCUGGGAACCAGGAAGGACAAGCCCCCGCGCUGUGCCCAGGUUCCCACCAAGUGUUCCCGGAGCAGUGCAGUCUACCACCUCCUCCACUUUCUGCUGGACCGGGACUUCCUGAGCCCCCAGACUGCGGACUACCAGGUGCCCUCCCUCAAGUACAGUCUGCUCUUCCUUCCCACCCCAAAGGGUGCCUCCAUGAUGGGCAUCUAUCUGGACCGCCUCGUCGCCCCCUGGGGGCUUUCUGACAACUACACCUCCAUCACUGGCAUGGACCUGGGCCUCAAGCAAGAGCUGCUGAGGCACUACCUGGCCCAGGACACGGUGUAUCCCGUGCUGGCCCUGGCGGCCAUCUUCCUUAGCAUCGCCCUCUACCUGCGCUCGCUCUUCCUCACGCUCAUGGUGCUGCUGGGGGUGCUGGGCUCCCUGCUUGUAGCCUUCUUUCUCUACCGAGUAGCCUUCCGCAUGGCCUACUUCCCCUUCGUCAACCUGGCGGCCCUGGUUCUGCUCAGCAGCGUCUGCGCCAACCACACGCUCAUCUUCUUCGACCUGUGGCGCCUCAGCAAGAGCCAGCUGCCCUCUGGGGAGCUGGCACAGCGCGUGGGGCGCACUAUGCACCACUUCGGCUACCUGCUACUGGUUUCAGGCCUCACCACGGGCGUGGCCUUCUACGCCAGCUACCUGAGCCGUCUCCCGGCAGUGCGCUGCUUCGCCCUCUACAUGGGCACGGCCGUGCUGACGCACCUGGCGCUCACGCUCGCCUGGCUGCCCUCGUCCGCGGUGCUCCACGAGCGCUACCUGGCCCGCGGCUGUGCGCCCGGGGCGCAGGGCCCGUGGGGUGGCAGCGCACCCAGGCGGCUGGCGCUGGCGCUGCACCGACGGCUCCGCGGCGUGCGGAGGGCGGCCGCCGGCACCUCGCACCUGCUCUUCCAGCGCCUGCUGCCCUGCGGCGUCAUCAAGUUCCGCUACAUCUGGAUCUGCUGGUUCGCGGCGCUGGCGGCAGGGGGCGCCUACAUCGCCGGCGUCAGCCCCCGCCUACGGCUGCCCACCCUGCCGCCGCCCCGCGGCCAGGUCUUCCGGCCCAGCCACCCCUUCGAGCGCUUCGACGCCGAGUACCGCCAGCAGUUCCUGUUCGAGCGGCUGCCUCAGGGCGAGGGCGGCCACAUGCCGGUGGUUUUGGUGUGGGGCGUCCUACCCGUGGACACCGGCGACCCCUUGGACCCUCGCAGUAACAGCUCAGUGGUGCGCGACCCUGCCUUCUCGGCCAGCAGCCCCAAUGCCCAGCGCUGGCUGCUGGCGCUCUGCCACCGGGCCCGGAAUCAGAGCUUCUUUGGCGCCCAGCCAGAGGGCUGGCCCACUCUGUGCUUUGUGGAGGCCCUCCAGCGUUGGAUGGAGAGCCCCCGCUGCGCCAGUCUGGGGUCUGGUCUCUGCUGUGGCCACUCAGGCUUCCCCUGGGCCCCCCAGUUCUUCCUGCACUGCCUCAAGAUGAUGGCUCUGGAGCAAGGCUCCAAUGGCACCCGCGACCUGGGGCCCCGCUUCGAUGCCCAUGGCAGCUUGGCCGCCCUGGUCCUGCAGUUCCAAACCAACUUCCAGUACAGUUCAGACUACAGCCAGGCCCACCACUUCUACUCUGAGGUCAGCCGCUGGCUGGCAGUGGAGCUGGGCACCGCCCCUGCGGGCCUCCACCGGGGCUGGUUCACCAGCCAUCUGGAGCUGUACAGCCUGCAGCACAGCCUGAGCACCGAGCCUGCCAUGGUGCUGGGCCUGGCUCUGGCACUGGCCUUUGCCACACUGCUGCUGGGCACCUGGAACGUUCCGCUCAGCCUGUUCUCUGUGGCAACUGUGGCAGGCACCGUCCUGCUCACCGUGGGACUCCUGGUCCUGCUCGAGUGGCAGCUCAACACUGCCGAGGCACUCUUCCUCUCUGCCUCAGUGGGCCUCUCCGUAGACUUCACUGUCAACUACUGCAUCUCCUAUCACCUGUGCCCACACCCUGACCGCCUGAGUCGUGUGGCCUUCUCGCUGCGCCAGACCAGCUGUGCCACGGCAGUGGGGGCUGCAGCCCUCUUUGCAGCUGGUGUGCUCAUGCUGCCCGCCACGGUGCUGCUCUAUCGCAAGCUGGGCAUCGUCCUCAUGAUGGUCAAGUGCGUCAGCUGCGGCUUCGCCAGCUUCUUCUUCCAAUCCCUGUGCUGCUUCUUUGGGCCAGAGAAGAACUGUGGGCAGAUCCUCUGGCCCUGUGCCCACCUGCCAUGGGAUGCUGGAACUGGGGAGCCCAGUGGGGAGAAGGCAGGCCGCCCACGACCAGGGCCAGUGGGAGGGGCGCCUGGGUCCUGUUCAGAGCAGUAUGAGCUACAGCCCCUGGCACGGCGCCGGAGCCCCAGCUUUGACACCAGCACAGCCACCAGCAAACUGUCCCACCGGCCCUCUGUACUCUCUGAGGAUCUGCAGCUGCACGACGGCCCCUGCUGCUCCCGACCCCCACUGGCCCCUGCCUCCCCAAGGGAGCUGCUCCUGGACCACCAAGCAGUCUUUAGCCAGUGCCCGGCCCUGCAGACCUCCUCACCCUAUAAGCAGCCUGGCACUAGCCCUAAACCCCGGGUCAGGCAGGACUCCCAAGGGCGGAAGGCUGAGCCCCCGCGGGCCUCACCAGAAGCCUCAACCCACUCCCCCAAGCCCAAGACCACAGAGCCUCCUGACUGCCUCUGCUCCUCAGCCAGCACCCUGGAGGGGCUCAGCGUCUCCGAUGAAACCUGCCUAAGCGCCUCUGAGCCCAGUGCCCGUGUACCCGAUUCAGUGACUGCCUCCCCGGAGGCCCUGGACGAAACUGGGCAGCCAGUAACUGAGCGGGGCCAGCUGAACGAGAAGCGGGACACCUUGUGGCUUGCGCUGAGAGAGACAGUGUACGACCCGUCACUGCCCACCUCCCACCAGAGCAGCUCCUCCUGGAAGGGCCGCGGGGGUCCAGGAGCAGGGCCGGGGGAUGGCAGCCCUGUCGUGCUGCCCAACAGCCAGCCAGAUCUGCCAGACGUUUGGCUGCGCAGGCCCAGCACCCACACCUCGGGCUACAGCAGCUGAGGGAGGCCUGAGGAGGCUGGGCUGGGGCGUGGAGCCCUGUCAGGGAUGGGAAGGGGGGGUGCAGCACCAGGUUGGAGUCUGAAGGUGUUUCCCCGAAUCAACAUGGAGAGGUCUUACCCUCCAGCUGUGGACUUAAAACUGUCUCAUAUGCCCCAGCCUUGGCCUGGGCUGCCCUCACUCCCCAUAUCUGGAGGUUUCAGUGGGGAGGGUCUUUGGAGGAGAACACUGAGCUCCCCAUGUGACCUGCAGGGAGCCCUUCUGCACCCACAGUGCCAACCAGGGCCCACCCUCUGGAAGGGGAAAGCCAGAGGAGCUCCAGUGAUCAAGGGAAGGCUGAUCUGGUCCCCUUCCCAUGUGGCAGGAGGUUCAGUGGGACUAAGGAUCCCAGUCACUGGGAUGCUGUCAGGGAACCUCACAAGCAGAAGAGCCCACGGGAACCUUGGAGCCUUUUAUGGGCUCUUUAUCAGGACACAUCCCUCUCUUUGGGGGAGCUUCUCUGGGCCAGAAUUGACUUGGGGCCUCUAUCCUAAACCGCCCCUGCUCCCCUCACACAUGCCAGUCUGGCCAGAAAUUUUUCAAGGCCAAGUAGAGAUGGCUGCUGGGAAUGAAGGAGAAAAAGGAAGUAUGGUCAACCUCAGAGCAUCCCAAAAUUGCAGGAUGGUCCCUUUUUGGAAGCAGGUUCUGGUGCUCUCCCCUGUCAAUAAUCAAUAAAGAAUAAUAAUCCUUUAUAUCCCAGCACCUUUAAUUUAGUUCACCCAUUUUCUCCUUGGAAUCUCACUACUUCACUAUGGGGAAGCCUGCACUUAGCCAGGUUUUUUGGCUCCCAAUUUCCAGGUAAAGCCAUUGAAACUGAGUAAGGUUAAGUGGUUUACCCAAAGUCACAAAGCUAGUAAGUGGCAGAGCUGUUUUUCCUGGCUCCCAGUACAGUGAUCACUCCACCAAUAUGCCUCCUGAUCUCCUCCUAGACAGCUGCCUCAGGGAAACUAGCUUUUGACUGUAAACUCCCCCCAUGUAGGCUUCUAUCUCCAGAGGGAGCUGAGCUGUACUCUGAACAAACCCCAGACUUCCUCCCCCUUUUCUCUGUGCAAAGGCUUCCCUCCAGCAUCUGGCUGAGACACCUACCAGCCCCUGGGCAUGGUGGCAUUGCCAGGCCUCAGGGGUCAGAGCGUGCCUCUCCCAUGGCCACGGUGUAUGGAGAGCCCCUGCCAGAGAGGCACAGAGGGGCAGUGGAGGUUGAGCAGAGUUCAAGUCAGGCAGUAACUCAGGCCUACCCUUUUUGGGAGUGUGUGAGACUGAAACUGUUCCCCAAGUUGGGAUCCCCAGCUUCCCUUUGGGGAGCACCCAGCAGGCCAUAGGCUGGCUCCCCCUCCUCAAAGCAAAAAGCCUCAUGGGAUUUUAUCCCCCACGAGCGCUCACAACACUUGGUAGCAUCAAUAAAUUUACUGAACGCCUACUUUGCCUAUGGUACUAAAAGGAAACAGAGACACAAAAGGAAACCUGAACUCCUGCCUUCAAAGGGUUCACCUUCUAGCUGGGGAAACAGCUCCCAUACACACACAUGUGUUGGAUGGGUCACCGAUAUACAGUAUUGCUGGAGCUCAAAUAGGCCGGACAAGGUAGCCAGGAAGGCUUCCUGGAGGAGGAAUAACUUGAGCUGGACUUCAGAAGACCAUGUAUCUCAGACCGGAAGAUCAUCUAGUCCAGCAGUUUUCUAACUUUGCAGCCUCAGGACCCUUGCUUCAAAGAACCCUGCUAUGGAAACACAAUACUUACAACAGAUAAAAAGCAGCUGCUCGGGUGGAAACCAGGUGGGGUAGUAGAGAGCCAGCCCAGCCUCCCUUUCUACGGCAGCCUCUCAGGGGGCUCUGGGGAACCCUCGGCUCCAUGGACUAUGGGGUGAAAACCACAAUGCAGGCUAUUUUACAAAUGACUCUCAGAGAGGGGAAGGAACUUUUCCAGGGCCAAACAGACUGUCUACGGUAGAGCUGGAAGCAAGUCAAAGUUGGUUUGUUUGGGUUUUGUUUUGUUUUGUUUUUUUCCUUUAUCUUCAGGACCUAUCCCCUCUCUCCCACCGAAGUAGCCCAGGAGAAGUAGAACAGAAAUCCAAGUCAGACAUGGGAGUUGUGGAAGAUACAAAAGACUGCAUGUAGGAAAUGACAGGAAGUGUCAGCACCUUGGCAAGAUAGGUGACUCCAACCCAUCCUGCUUCCUGACACCAGGAAGGAGAGGCAGGGGACAAGGACGUAAUUUAGGCGUGUCCCCCUCGGGUUCUGCUGGGACCUCGUCUCUCUUUGUGCCCAGGUGGAAUUCAGCCUCUGGUUGAAGGCUGCCCUUUGGGUUCCAUGGCCUCCAUCCCCAGAGCCCCGUGUUGUGGGAGGGUAGCAGGUACCAGGAACAAAAAGAACCUGCUCCCUCACAUCCUCUUUUGUGUCUUGCAAAGGAUGACAGUGGUAUCUGGGACAGGAGCUUCAAAAACUGUGCCUGAAAACAGCCACUGAAUGUUAGAGUAUGGAGGGGUGGGUGGAAUGGGCACCAGAGUUUGGGUAUACCCCAAGGUCCUACAUGGAGAUUUCUGGGUUCCAUUCAUGGACCACCAGACCAUGGCCAUACAAUCCCUCCAGAAGGCAGAUGGGCCAGAACAGCUGAUGCACCAACUGGAUUUGUUUUUGUCACUGGGCCCAAGGGACUAGAAGAACCCAACGGUAAUCUAAAAUUUCACCUUACGCCUAGAGUGGCCCAAACCAAUAUCAGGCAACUCACAGCAGUGCGUAAUCCAGCAGGCCACUCUGGCCCUGAUUUUGGAAUGUGGGACUUAAAGUAUUUUCAAUUUCCUUUGAGUUUCAGCGGACUGUUCAAUUUAUUAUUAUGGGUGAUUACAAUGAGUGUAUAGCCCUGGACACAUGUUGGGGAGACUUAAAAGCAUGCUGCGAGGUAGAGGAAAACCAGUCAAAGCAUCUGUGUUUGUCCUGGAAAGUUCAAGAAAUGGUUACU